AUGUUGAUCCCAAAAUCAUUCAUUUUUAUUGCAGUCUCGUACUUGACCGCAACUACAUCUGCCAACAGCUUGGAACACAUCCUGCACUCUGGCAAUGGAAACUAUAUUAUUCAAUUGAAUCAAACCACUUGUAUCAAGCAUUUUGUGCCUGAAUUCAUCAAUGGUGCCUUCACCAUCUUUAGUCAAUCUCUCGGUGGACAUAACUUGGAAAAGACUCAUAAUCGUAUUGUUCGCAGAGACACACAAGAUGAUCAAGUGCAUGUGUUCGACGCCUAUGACAUUGGAAGCACGUUCAAGGCCAUCAGUGUCAAAUUUGAACAACUCGAUAUUGUCAAAACAUUGUUGGCUUUAUUCACUGAUGAUAUCAUCAAGAUUAUUCCAGAUCAAGACAUUCAAUUUGAUUUACCCACAAGCAAGAGAACUGCUUUAAAGAAGCGUUACUAUAUCCGUGCUAGUAAAAAGAACCCCCAUAGUGAGAGUCGUGAAGGCAACUUUGACUACGACCAGUAUGAACAUGAUGACAACUGUCCAUACAAUCCUCAAAAUCAAAUAGCAUCUGCUUCUGCUGCUUCUUAUCAAGAAGACUCUUCUUCUGAUGCCAUCAAGAAGGCUUCUGUUACUACUACCAAGAAGAAGACCACCAAAAAGACUACAAAGAAGAAAACUACUGUUAGAAAAGCUGCUACUACCAAAAAGUCUACAACCAAGAAGAAGACCACUACCAAGAAGAAGACUACCACCAAGAAGACUACUACCAAGAAAACCACUACUACCAAGAAGAAUAUUACCACCAAGAAGACUACUACCAAGAAAACCACUACCACCACCAAGCAUGCUGUUUCUGCUGCUAAAUACUCUCAACAAACAUCUCCCCAAUGGAACUUGGCUCGUAUCUCUGAACACAAGCGUGAUUUAACCAAGCCCUACAUCUACGAUACUACUGCUGGAUCUGGUACCUACGUCUAUGUCAUUGAUGAUGGUAUGAACGUUGACCACCAAGAUUUCGGCGGUCGUGCCAAGUGGGGCUGGUCUGCUUACAAGGGUGUCUCUCCUCUCGGUGAAGGUCACGGUACUCAUGUUGCUGGUAUCAUUGGUGGUAAGACUUAUGGUGUUGCCAAAAAGACCAACUUGAUUGCCGUUCAAGUCCUCAAUGACCAGGGCGUUGGCUCUAUCUCCAGUUUGUUGGCUGGUUUGCAAUGGGUUACUACUCACGCCAAAUCUCACAAGGGUAAGGCCAUCAUCAACAUGUCUCUUGGUAUGGAGGUUGCUGGUACUGCCAGUUCUGCCAUCAAGGCCUUCAAUGCUGCUAUCAGUGCUGUUGUGGAUUCCGGUGUUCCUCUUAUUGCUGCUGCCGGUAACUGGGGCGACGAUAGUUGUGGUAUCUUGCCUGCUGGCAAUCCUGAUGUUUACACUGUUGCUGCUUCCGAUAAGAAUGAUAAAUUUGCCUACUACAGCUCUUGGGGCAAGUGCGUCUCUAUUAUUGCUCCCGGUACUGACAUCAAGAGCACAUUUAUUGACUCCAACACUUCUACUGAAGUACUCUCUGGUACCAGUAUGGCCUCUCCUCAUGUUGCUGGUGUGGCUGCCUUGUUGAUCAAUAAGCUUGGCAAUCCUACUCCUGCCAACCUCUACAAGGAAUUGACAAAGCUUGCCACCAAGGAUGUCAUUACCAGUGUUGUCAAUAAUACUCCCAAUGUCUUGUUGUUUAAUGGUCAAACAUUGACUACCAACUAA